GGAUGCUUGGACUGUAAGCUGUCAUCGGUUUCGUUAUAAUGGCAGAAGAAAAUGUGGCCCGGGGGAGCGUUCUAUUUACCGGCUACAGAUCCCUGGGGGUUUAUAGCAACCAUAUCCCACACGUCGUUCGGUAUCACAAGAAACACAAGGAGUUCUACCUGGUUACCUCCGUGGGGAAAAGCUUUUUGACUUACAAUGUAAACAAACUUGGGCAAGUUGCAGUGAGCAAUGCUCUUCCAGAACCAAUCAGCUGCCUUGCUGCAGACAGAAUGUUGGUAUUUGCAGCACACAGUAACCUUCUCAAAGCAUUUGCAAGAAACAAAGAGGUAGUUCAUACCUACCAAGGCCAUGAAGCUGAAAUUCAUCUAGUGCAACCAUUUGGGGAUCAUGUGAUCUCUGUUGACACCAGCAAUGUUCUCAUGAUCUGGGACAUCAAGUCUGAAGAGGAAUAUUUGCAGCUAACCUUUGACAAGACCAACUUUGCCAUCUCUGCCAUAAUGCAUCCGAGCACCUACCUGAAUAAAAUUCUGCUUGGCAGUCAACAAGGGAGCCUUCAGCUGUGGAACAUCAAAUCCAACAAGCUUUUGUAUACAUUCCAAGGAUGGGGCUCUGGAGUGACAGUCCUUCAGCAGGCACCAGCAGUGGAUGUGGUUGCGAUUGGAUUGACCUGUGGCAAAAUUAUUAUACAUAACAUCAAGUUUGAUGAAACAUUAAUGACAUUUCAACAAGACUGGGGUCCAAUCACUUCAUUAUCUUUCCGCACAGAUGGCCAUCCAAUAUUAGCAGCGGGUAGCCCUUUAGGGCACAUAGGUUUGUGGGAUCUGGAGGAAAAAAAGUUGAUGAAUCAGAUGCGAGAAGCACAUUCAACAGCUAUUGCUGGCCUCACAUUUGUGCACGGAGAACCACUACUUAUUACCAAUGCAGCUGAUAAUGCUAUACGGGUGUGGAUAUUUGAUGGGCCUGGAGGCCAGGGACGUUUGUUGAGGUUCCGGAUGGGUCACAGUGCUCCACCAACAUUCAUCAGACAUCAUGGAGCUGAUGGAAAGCAGAUCCUUAGUGCUGGUCAAGAUGGAACUCUACAGUCUUUCUCCACUGUUCAUGAUAGAUACAGUAAGAGCUUAGGACACGGUUCUGUAGAUAAAGCCAAAUCCAAGAAGGUUGGUCUUCGCUGUUUAUCCUUAAGGCUUCCUCCUAUUACUCUCUUUGCAUCAGAGGAGGCGCGGCAAAGUGACUGGGAUGGGAUUGUUGCUUGUCAUCAGCAAUCUCUUUCCUGUACAACUUGGAACUAUGUUAAAUGUACUAUGGGAGCUCACAAGCUGAAACCUCCAGAUCUAAAGAAUAGCAAAACACUUGAGAUUUAUGCAACUGCCUCUGACAUUACAAGCUGUGGUAAUUUUACUGUGAUUGGCCUCUCAAAUGGGAGUGUUGAUGUUUACAACAUUCAGUCUGGGAUUCACAGGGGACAUUAUGGGAAGGAAAAAGCACAUGGUGGCCCUAUAAGGGGUGUGGUUGUCGAUGGUUUAAACCAGGUUACUAUCACAGCUGGAAGUGACAAAUUAAUAAAGUUUUGGAAGUUCAAGACAAAAGAAUUAAUUCAGACUACAAGUCUUAGUGUUCCACCAACUGCAGUCUUGCUACACCGAGAAAGUGCUAUGCUUGCAGUUGCCCUGGAUGAUUUCACCUUAAAUAUUUUUGAUAUCGAAACAAGGAGACUCGUGAGAAGAUUCCAGGGGCACAAUGGAAGAGUUAAUGACAUGACUUUUAGCCCUGAUGGUCGUUGGUUGUUAACUGCAUCCAUGGACUGUACAAUUAAAGUGUGGGAUCUUCCAUCUGGAUGCCUCAUUGAUUGCUUCUUGUUAGAUUCUGCAGUUGUGAGUCUCACUUUAUCACCUACAGGGGAUUUUCUGGCCACAGCUCAUGUGGAUGAUCUUGGCAUAUACUUGUGGUCCAACAAGUCAUUGUUCUCCUUGAUUUCCUUGCGCCCGCUUCCUGCAGAUUUUGAGCCUACUGUCGUCAUGCUUCCUGGCGGUGCUGAUGAAAUGGAGGUUGAAGAAACAGUGGUGGAAGUUGAAAACACAAAUGAAGACAUAAUGGAGUAUGAAUCUCCAGAACAACUGGGAGAGAAGCUGGUGACAUUGUCCUUACUGCCCGAGUCUAGAUGGAAGAAUCUCUUAAACCUUGACAUCAUUAAGCAAAGAAACAAACCUAAAGAGCCUCCUAAAGUGCCUAAAUCUGCUCCCUUUUUUAUUCCAACUCUGCCUGGACUGGUACCACGCUUUGCAUCUGAUGCACAAGGCGAUACAUCACAGUCCAAAAUAGUAAAUCUUGGGGUUCUUGAACAGAAGUCAGCUUUCUUUGUCCAGCUAGAAGAAGCCCUGACUCGUCAAAACUAUAGCGUUCCAUUGAAAACAAUUAAGGAAAUGGGUCCAUCUAGUGUUGACACUGAGCUACGGAACCUGGCUCCUGAGAAUGGAGGUUCAGUAGAGGUGAUGCAAAGUUUCCUAAAAAUGAUCCAAAGCAUGCUUGAUACAAAGAAGGACUUUGAGGUGGCCCAGGCAUAUCUUGCUUUGUUCCUGAAGCUGCAUCUUAAGUUCAUAUCAUCCGAACCCAUCCUUUUGGAGGAGAUCAAUGCAGUACUACCGAGUCUAGAAGAAACGUGGCUUAAUCUGCAGACUUUAUUUAACCAGAGUUUGUGUGUCCUAAAUUAUAUGAAAAGUGCAUUAUUAUGAGGGACAUCUGUUAAGUGGGUGCCUUUUGGAAUUUCAUCUCUUGCCCUGGUUCUACUUCAGUCGAUUAGCAAUACUGCUAAAAAGUAUAGUUCUUACAUGUUUCAGAUUCUGAAAUGUGUGUAUAAAACAUAAGUACAUAAAUUAUGUACGACUUGUACACUGUACACAUCCACAACCAUCUUCUUUCCACACAAGUUUUUAAAAGGAAUGUUGAAGAUGAUGUCACAGUCAUGUGCGAGCUAAAUCAUUACAGCCGUAUUCUAUUAUUUCAUUCAAAUUCUUGUACCGUGCUGGAAAAAAAUGUUAAAAUAUUGUUGCUAAAUUUUACAUAUAUAAACUGUUUUUCAGAUUUUA